AUGGCCGGAGGGAGCAGCCGGAGGCUAUGGCUGGGGGGGCUGGCUUACCUGCUGCUCUUCUCCUCCCUCUCCUUCUCGCCCUCGCUGGGCGACAAGAGGAAAGGACCUGUCCGGAUGAGGGAGCAUCUCUGGGCCACAGGGCAUUUUAUGGGAAAGAAAAGUAUGCCAGGUUCUUCUCACUUACCAUCUUCGCCCCCGGAAAGAGCUGAGCCGAAUAACACCCCCGAGGUUUUCAGUCCGAUGCUCACAGAUGUCUUGGAGGAUAUGAAGGACCUGCUGACCAGGGAGCUCCUUAAAAUCCUCCUGCAAGAGAGGAUAUUGGAGGAGAACCAAGGAAAACAGGAUCUCAAGGAACAGGAAACAAGGUCUUUGAUGAAAAUGCUGGCAAAAUACGUUUAAAGAGGACAAAGCAAGAAAAACACCAUGGACUCCUGGG